AAACCAGAUCAGUUGGCAAUAACGAAGCCAGUAUCUGUCAUCGUGGCACGCGUAAAGAAUAAGUUGUGAUCUAAUUCAUUAACAUCACGCUGUGCGGAUAGCGUCCAAGUACCGCCAUUCGAUAGUUGUUUGGUGAUUUUCCAGUGUAAUUCCAAUUUGCAAGACCCGCGGAGCAGGUGCAAGUCUCGGCUGUGGAAAUGAAGGACCUCAUUCCAGGAAAGCUGACCCUGAAGUGGUGGGAACGUGAAAGCGUUCUCUAUGCUGACGACGGUGGCGGUGGAGGCAUCGGCACCGGUUUUGGCGCAACAGGCGCCGCCGGCAGCGAUGGUUUCCCCAGCAGUGCUGGCGGAGGUGGUGCGCUGAAUUUCCCAUCGAUUUUCCAGCCGAAUCAGCUGAUCGGAGCAGACCAAAACAACGACCCGGGUGGGGCAACCGGUGGCGGCGAUGGCAAAGGAAGGGGGCGCAAAAAGCUUCGACUGCUCAAACCGAAGCUGAAGCAAUUGUACGACGUGGAAGUGCUGCCAGUCGAGUACCUCGGGCCAAACAUUGAGUAUACUGUGAACCUCCCACGUGUCACCGCCCAGUUGGAGAAGCUGAUGGGGACCAACGUGGUCCGGCUGACGGACCGGAAGUACAUGCAGGAGCUGCAGCGCCGCAUCCAGCAGGAUUACAAUGUCACCCUGGAGAAGCGAAUCAGCGAACGUGAGCAUGAAGAGCUCGAGCGACAAAAGUACCUGAUUUUGCACGGCAAGUACGGCGCGCACAACUGUCCCCGGAAUCUGCUCCAGCUGCACAGCGUCGUUCUGGCGAAGGAGAUUGAACGCGAGCGUAACCUCAUCCUGUCCGGUGCCGGCGAUUCCGUCCCCGACGAGCUGAGCAGUUCGGUUUUCAGCGUGAACAAGAAAACCAACCAGCACAUCUGCAACAAGCGAGAGAAGCUUAAAACCAUCCGCGAGAAGAAUGCCGAACGGUUGAUCAAGCAGGGACUCCGCUGGGAGCGGGAACGUCUCCAGAUGGAGGAGUUUAACCGUCAGCAGGAGAUUGAGCGUCGUUCGCGUCGCGAAUCACUGCUGGAGAAGGAGAAGCUGUACAUGAUCGAGGACAACGAGCGUGCGCUGAACCUGCUCCGGAUGAAGACCAAGAAGGGACCGUGCCGGGACAUGGACCUGCGCUCGCUGCUGAUGCAACAACGCGUCGAGCUCGGUGAGAAGAUUCAGCAGCGUGACUUUGAGCUCAACAACUCCGACAAGCGCAUGGACUCGGAUCGUAGCAAGGAGAAGAAGAAGCGCCACCACAAGAAACAUGCCCCGAAGAAGGACGUGGACAUUGAUGUGCAGGUGUCCUCCCCGGAGGAGGGUUACAUCUCGAUGAACCAACCGGACGAUUCGCCCAGUGAGCUGGAGUCUUCGGUUAUGAUCCGCAUAGACAAGGACGGCAAGGGAGAAUCCGGGGACGAUUCGGACCAGCUGGAUGAGCCGAGUACGGCGGACGCUAGCGAAGCCGCUGGAGGGUCGGAAAACGACGACGGGGAUGCGUCGGAAGCGGCAGAAUCGGAAGCGUUGAAGGAGGAGAUGAACAAGGCGCUGGAGAAGAAGAAGGUCAAGGCUCGCAAUGAGGACCCGAAGAUUACGCGGUUGAAGGAGGCGGAUACUGUCAACGAAAUUUACAACAUUGCGGACGAGAUCAUUGUAUUGGAGAAGAAGAAGACCAAGAAAGGUUUUGGAAAGUAGAUAAAUUAAAUGUGGUUUGACACAGGUAGAACCGUAGUUUCUGUGCUGAUGGGAGGUGCAGUUUAAAUUGAUUGUGAUACCAAAUUUGAACAUGAAUAGUUUGAAUGUAUUAAAUGAUGGGUUAAUAAAUGUUGAUAUUUACUU